UCUCGGGGAGUGCGAGCUUCCUCCGCGGCCGCCGCGAUGCUGACGGGCUGCGGGCAGAAGCUGCUGCUGUCGCUGCUGGGCUCCACGCUGACCUGCCUGCUGGUGCUGAUGGGGCCGACCGCCGCCGCCGCGGGGCCAGGGCUUCAGCCUGGGGGGCGGCCAGGGGGCUCUGCUGCGCCGCGAGGAGCGGGGAGACCCCCGCACGGGACCCUCGCCCGCCCAAGGGCUCUUUUCGGCGGCUACUUCAGCCAGCUCAGCCGGGCCAAGAGAGAAGCCGGCGGGGGCAACGAGCAGCAGCAGCAGCACCAGCAGCAACCGCCCCCCGCCCGGGAAGAGAUUUCGCCCCGGGACCUUUUCAUCGCCGUCAAGACCACCAAGAAGUUCCAUAAGGCGCGGCUGGAGCUGCUGCUGGACACCUGGAUCUCGCGCAACAAGGAGAUGACCUACAUCUUCACCGAUGGCGAAGACCAAGAACUCAAGCAGAGAAUGGGAAACGUCAUCAACACCAAUUGUUCUUCUGCGCACAGUCGCCAAGCCUUAUCCUGCAAGAUGGCGGUGGAAUACGACAAGUUCAUCGAAUCCGGACGAAAGUGGUUUUGCCACGUGGACGAUGAUAAUUACGUGAAUGUCCGGAUGUUGGUCAAAUUGCUCUCCAGCUAUGCUCACACGCAGGAUAUCUACAUUGGAAAACCCAGUCUGGACAGGCCCAUCCAGGCCACCGAGAGAAUCAGCGAGAACAAGAUGCAUCCGGUCCACUUCUGGUUUGCCACUGGUGGUGCUGGUUUCUGCAUCAGUCGUGGUCUGGCACUGAAGAUGACCCCUUGGGCCAGCGGUGGGCACUUCAUGAGCACCGCGGAAAAGAUUCGCCUCCCUGAUGAUUGCACCAUUGGGUACAUCAUAGAGUCUGUCCUGGGGGUGAAACUGAUCCGAAGUAAUCUUUUCCACUCGCAUCUCGAGAAUCUCCAUCAAGUGCCCAAAUCCGAGAUCCAUAAGCAGGUCACUUUGAGUUAUGGGAUGUUUGAAAACAAGAGGAAUUCCAUCCAUAUGAAGGGGGCUUUCUCGGUGGAGGAAGAUCCUUCCAGGUUUCGCUCCAUCCAUUGCUUGCUCUACCCGGAUACGCCUUGGUGUCCUCCCGACGUCGUGUACUAAAGAUCUCGACGUCCCUUUAACCUCGUCCCGAGUUCUCCGGUAUCCGAAGAGCUUCCGGGACCCGUAUUUUUUUUAUGAUCGUGUCUGUAUGCGUGCGCCCUUCGUUUGCUGUGAAGCAAUGAUCUCCUAAUUACUGUGGUUAGUUCACAGUGUAUGUAUGUGUCUGUUUCCACCGGCUGCUGUGUGGUCUUGUGGUCCUCGCUGCGUCCGUCUCCCGGUGACUAUCAGGGUAUAAAUAUUUUAGAAGCUCCCGAUGCAAGAACAAUUGUGAUAUAGUUGCUGUAAGAGCUUCAAGGCUGGUUGUGUUUAAGAAGAUCUUUCCUAUCUGCCACCUGCUGAAGAGGCAACUCUGCAGGUUUCUUUGCAGAAAAAAGUCAGCCCUUCUCCAGAAUAUUUUGAGAGGUGCAUCCUUUCCCUGCCCAUCCCACCCCCCCUCCAUUCCUCACGAGCCGUGAAAAGCCCAAAACACACUGUGCAACCUGCCAAAUCUUAAGCACUUUUAAAACCACGUAUUGUGGCAGAUGCUAAGCAGGUAUGGGAUUGCCCCAUUUUAACUGGUUGAAAGAAAAGUCCAGUAAGCGUUUCUCAAACUCGUAACUUUUAAGACGGGUGGAUUUCAAUUCCCAGAAUUCCCCAGCCACUUUCCAUGUAAAGCGUACUGGCUGGGGAAUUCUGGGAGCUGAAGUCCAUGGGGCUUAAAGCAUGCUAGGUGGUGGGGAAUUCUGGGAAUCGAAGUCCACGCGUCUUAAAGCAUGCUGGCUGGGGAAUUCUGGGAGCUGAAGUCCACGCAUCUUAAAGCAUGCUGGUUGGGGAAUUCUGGGAGCUGAAGUCCACACAUUUUAAAGCAUGCUGGCUGGGGAAUUCUGGGAGCUGAAGUCCACACAUUUUAAAGCAUGCUGGUUGGGGAAUUCUGGGAGCUGAAGUCCACCCAUCGUAAUUUUGGGGAAUUUGAGGAGUUGAAGUCCACUCGUCUUAAAAGUUGCCCAGUUUUGAGAAACACCGGACUAACGCUUAGCCUGGUUGUAUAGUGGUUUGGGCUGUUUAAGGCUACCAAGAUCUACAAGAUGGCGUUCCACAGCAUUGUAAUCAAAGCCAGGAUGCCAUUUUGCAGAUUUUUCCACAUACCCACCUCCCAUCCCAAACCUGAUCUUUUUCAGCUGGGAUCCUUUAGCUUUGUGGCACUCCAGUUCCAAUCAUUUUUCUGGCUGGGAACUAUUGGAGUGGGAAUCUAACAUAGCUAGCAGACGUCCCCUUGAAGAAAAAGCUACUUUUGGCCAUCGGCUAUCGUUUUUCCUAUUUUUUUUCAUACCUUUCCCCCCCGCCCCACCCCUUUCCUGCUUUUUCAGGCUCCGCGUAAUUUUUCAGAUGAAGGUUUACAUAGGAAACAAGGUUUUUUUUUGCUGAUUUGCUCUGUGUGUGUUUUUGUUCCUUUCCCUCGUGCUGUUUGUAGACUUUCCUCUGAGAGGUAUUUUUUUUUUUCUCCCCUAAAUUCAUUUAGAGCUGGUCUCUUCAACAAUCGCCUUUACAGAAGCUUUGGUGGGCUUCUUACGAGUAAACAGGCAAAGGAUUGCAAAACUGCACCUAAGUCCAGAACUAUGGAAUGCACCCGUAGUUGCGUAGUUGCAUUUAAUUCUGAUUUAAUUUAAUUAAAUCAAUAUUCAAUACCAAAUGUAAGCAAGGAGUUGAUAGCAGAUUGGAAGGCUACAGCUCCAGAAAUCCUCAAUUCCUAUCUGUCUCUCUCUCUCUCUCUCAUCUCUCUCAGUAUCUCUCUCUCUCAUCUUUCUCUCUCUCCUAUCUCUCCCACUCCCUCCCUUCCUCCCACCCUCCAUCUCUCUUUCUCUCUCAUCUCUGUCUCUCUCUCUUUCUCUGUGUAUCUCUUUCUCUCUCUCCUAUCUCUCCCUCUCCCGCCCUCCCUCUUAUAUACCGUGUAUCUAUCUAUCUAUCUAUCUAUCUAUCUAUCUAUCUAUCUAUCUAUUUAUCUAUUGCAAACACUCACUUUGCUGUAUUCCUAGUUCUGUCUUGCUGCACAAAUGUCGGUAAGAAUGACAACGGAAGCCUAUGUAGAUUCAGAAUUUUAGACCCUUUGAAGAUGCAAUUAUUUUGAUUCUACUAAAUAUAAUUUAUAUAUAUAUAAUGAGCAAUCCUCUGUGGAGUUUACUCAGGAGGAGAUCCUACCCUGUUGAAUGGGGUUUGUUCCCAGGAAAGCACAAGAUGUUGGCUCACGACAUAGGGCCCCACCUGAAUUAAUAUUUAAGUAAGUAAUUUAAGUCAUAUUUAAUUUUACUUACUGUAAGUAAGUCUUUUAAUUUUAUGGACCAAUUGGGAGGAACCCGUGUCCGUUAAAAGCCAAAUGUUCAUUAAACCCAACGUUAUGUCACGCCCGUGAAUGUUACGCGAUGUUCAUAAUAUUUAUGUCGUAUACCCAUGUACUUUACAAAAAAAAAAAAAAAUUCUAUGCGCAUGGUCUGAUUUACCAAGCUGUUGUUUGCCGAAGCCACCCAAAUGCAGAUAUUGUCUGUUAAAUCCAAAGUCUGUUGAAUCAGGGUCUGUAAAAUCGAGAUGUGAUCGUAGCAACAUCCAGGCUCAACGUUUUGCAGUUGGUAGGAAUGACUCAUGUAUUAAUUUAAAAGGAGUAUAAAGAUGUUAGAAGCAAUGAGGGAUCCCUGGUAAAUUGGACAUGGUCUCCUUUCGCUGCAAACUUCUCUGUCUCUGGGCCGGGAGAUUUGGCUGUAGCAUUUUCACCGCAAGAGUUGAAUUUAACUCUCCUGCAAAAUGCCGUAUGAGUUUUUUUUCUUCCCAGGUCCCAAAGACAGAGGCGGAGAGGCGAAAGCUUCCCUUGCAAAUGAAAAAAAUAAAAAAUAAAAAACAAAAACCAACAACAACAACAACAAAAAGGCCCAUACUGGGUAGUGUUUGUAAAUAUUUUAUUGCAACAGUGUUAUUUACUGUGCCUUUUUGUGUGUGUGUGUGAAAAACGUUGAGUCCUGUGUGAUUUUUGUCAAGGGUGGGUUUCAAAGUGUGUUUUUUUGUUUCCUUGUGGAUCAGCAAAAAAAAAAAAGGAAAAAUGUUUGUUUUUUUUCCUGAUCUUUUGAAAGAACAAACAAAUGGAAAAAGUUUUGUGUCGUUUGUCACUUAUCUGUAAUUUAUAAAUCCCAGUAUCUGGGAAGUUGCUUUCUGUAAAGUAGUGUACAUAUACAUACAUAUAUAUAUAUAUAUUAUGUGACUCUCGCUAUAAAUACAUAUAUAUAUAUAUAUUAAAGAAGAAAAAUGUGUGGGAGGGAAAUAAUGAUUAAUAUUCUCAGGGAAUUAAACCUGAUCACUGCCCCAGAGUGCCUGUGGCCUGUGUCUUCUCUGUGCUUUCAAUAAAAGAAUUUGUUGGCUAAUUAA